CAGAUUUCAGUCCAUGGAGUCGAAGAGGAGAGGAAGGAAGCGAUAUAAUAAUGAAGAAAAAAAAGAAAACCAGCGAGUGACAUAACUUUACCUGCGUCUUUAGCACACUCCGAAGCCCUUUCUUGUCGCUAUGGGAUAAUUUAAUGGCACAUUUAGGUGCGAAAAUGGCCCCAUAUAUGGGGAGGAAAGUUCACUCCAGACGAGUUUAAGGAGAGACGCAUUUCUUCCACCAUCCUUACCUUGUGUGGAAGAAUGGGGGCCGGAGCUCUGACCAUCUGUCACAACGAGGCGGCAGUGCAGGUGAAGGAGGAUAUGAAGAAGAUGGUUCAGAUGCCCGUGCUGAGACCACGCUCGGUGGCGGCCAAGCAGACCAGGCUGUUCGGGGCGCCCCUCCCCGAGCUGCAGGAGAGGGGCCUGACUGAGGACGGUGUGCCCCAGGUAGUGCACAGGAUGGUGGAGCACCUGCGCAACCAUGCACUGCAGCAGGAGGGUUUGUUCCGGGUGAACGGCAGCGUGCGGGCCGUGGAGGCCCUCCGGCAGCGCCUGGAGAGCGACGAAGCCGCCGAUAUCGACAGCGACGUGGACACGUGCACAGUGGCCAGCCUGCUCAAAAGGUACCUGAGGGACCUCCCCCAAGGCCUGGUGGAGCCUGCAGUCCAAAAGGCGCUGGUGCACCACUACCAAGAGUUUGGCGACGAGGUCUCCUGCUCAGGCCUGAGGGAGCAUCUGAAGCAGCUACCGGGCGUCCACCUCAGCCUACUGCGUUACCUGUGUCACUUCCUCACGCUGGUGGAGGGCAACCAUCAGGACAACCGCAUGAACGCCCACAACCUAGCCACCGUGUUCGGACCCAGCGUCUUCCACGUGGCUCCUGGUUUUGAGGCCCUGAACGAGCAGAACAUCUGCAACAAGAUCCUGGUCCGCUUCAUCCAGAACUACAGCAGCGUAUUCGAAGAAGACACAAAAGACGAAGAAAAAGAAGAACAAGACGACGUCAUCCUGGUCAAGGUUGGACAUCAUGAUGCAGUACCUUUGUGCCAAGCCAACAGCAGCACACAUGUGAGGCCUAGGAAGAGGAAGGUGAGGAAAGCCAAGACUGAUGGGGGUGCCCCUCAAGCGCCUGCCUUCCCCGGGCACCUGGUAACAAUGCCAAUGCCCCGUGGCGGGGGGCCUCUCGGCGUACCGAUAGUGGUGCCUCUGAGAAGCGUCAGCCCUGCGGAGGUUAUGGAGACGCCUCGCGGGGACACCCCUGCCCCUGCCCCUGCCCCUGCCCCUGCCUGUUCCCAUGUCAGCGGCCAGGAAGAUGAGAGGCCAAUAUCUCCUUUCUACAUGAGCCCCCACUGCUUCCCUUUAGUUCGCUCACCUGAUGCCAUCAAAAUCCUGGACAGGACCAUCCGUUCGACCGUAGAGCAGCACCUGUUCGAUGGCCAUCACGCUUCAGGCGGUGGGGAGCUGACCCUGCGACGGCUCGUUUCAACAGCAAGGCAGCGUCGACGGCACCGCAGAGAGCAGCAGGACGACGGCUCUGGAUGUAGAGACAGAAGCAGCUCCACAAAGACUAGAGAGGAGACCUCUGCCAUCCUUUCUCGUCACAGAACGGACACCAACAAGGAGAAUAUCCCAACAUUAGAAGACAAGAGCAGCUGUGGUAGAAACUUGAGGGAGGACACAGCCAAUGUUGGCGUAGUCUCACAUGGUGGGCAGAGCACUCAGGUGGUGUGCGCGCCAAAAUCCAGGAAGUGGAAACACAAUCCGACGCUGGCACAGCUCAACCAGGACGCCCACAGAGAAUCCGGUGCCAUGUCGGCAACCUUUGAGGGAACCAGGCCCAGCCGCAUGGAGUCCUAUAAGAAAAGGAAUGACGCUUCAAGAAAAGAUGACCUUCCUUCCACCUCACAGACGCUAAGGAUGAAGAUCCAGGAGUCGUCCGUCGUGGCCUGCGGCGGCGGGGAGGUGUAUGAUCCCGAGCGGGACAAGGCGAGCUGUGAGGACAUGCCCCGCCUGGACAACAACUGGGGAGAACCGGUGCCGGCUUACUCCGCAUUACAGCGGGAGAGCACAGACCGCGAGGAGGCCCGUCUGUCGCCACACGCCGGUGGCCGCCUCAUCCGCCAGCUGCUGGAGGAGGACAGCGACCCCAUGCUGUCCCCCCGCUUCUACGCUUACGGCCAGUGUCAGCAGUACCUGGACGACACCGAAGUGCCGCCAUCGCCGCCCAACGCCCACUCCUUCGUCAGUCGCAGGAGGAGCUCCUCUCUCGGCUCCUGCGAUGACGACAAAGAGGAGCUGACCAGCGCACAGCUCUCCAAGAGGAUCCAUGUCCUAAAGAAGAAGAUCCACAGGUUUGAAGAGAGGUUCGAAGACGAGCGGAAAUACCGGCCUUCCCACAGCGACAAAGCUGGAAACUCAGAGGUGCUGCGAUGGAUGAACGAGCUGGCCAGGCUGCGCAAAGAACUCAAAGAACACAAGCUGAUGAAAUCUGAGGAGGACCUUCCGCCAUUGACGCGGCAACGCAGCAACACGCUGCCCAAGAGCUUCGGAUCGCAGCUGGAGAAGAAACCCACGCAGGAGAAGGUGCCCAAGCCCCCCGUGGAGAGCACGCUAGAGGGCAUCCUCAAGAAGUUGCAGGAGAAGCGCCAGGAGGUCGACCGGCCCGAGGACAUCAAGGAUAUGACCAGAGAGCAGAUUGGAGCUGAGAAACUGGCCCUGCAGAAAGCUCUCCUCUACUACGAGAGCAUCCAUGGACGGCCUGUGACCAAGAGCGAGCGGCAGAUCAUGAAGCCGUUGUAUGACAGGUACCGGCUGGUCAAGCAGAUCCUGUGCCGAGCCUCCACCAUCCCAGUCAUUUGCGGCGGCGGCGGCGGCGGUGCUGCAACCUCCACGCCGGUUAACGGCUACUUCUCAACGUCACCGCAGGGCUCGCCCUCCAGCAAGCGCCGAGGCCCCCUGCUGCAGCCCAUUAUCGAGGGCGUAACCGCGCUUUUCUUCGACGACACCAAGGAAGAAGAGGACGGCUCCGAGGACGAUGGUGACGCCAAGACGCAGUUCUCGGUCACCGCUCGGCCUGAGCUAAACGUGCUCAGCUUCCUGGGCCAUGUGGAAGAGGAAGUGGACGGUUUUAUUUCCCCAGUGGACGAACUGAUGCCCUCCAAGAACGUGACUGACAUGCGCUUGUCCAACCUGCACUCCGCAAGCACAAAAGAUCUUGUGGAGCAGCUCCAAGAGACCCGAGAGGAGAAGAAGCGAAUCCGCAAGAAUCUCAAAGAGUUUGAGGACCAGUUCUUUCAACAGAAUGGAAGGAACGUUCAGAAGGAGGACCGCUCGCCUCUCGCCACCGAGUACAACGAGUACAAGCACGUCAAAGCCAAACUGAAGCUACUGGAGGUCCUCAUCAGCAAAAGAGAGUCCACCAAGUUCAUAUGAGCAAAAUCAAAGACUUUUGUCGUGACAGUUUGGAUCAAGUUGUCCCGAGCGCUGCCUAGAACCCCAAAUCUUCACCGCAAACAAUCAAGCUUAUAAUGUCUACUAAUUUAUUUGUGUCCGUUUGUAACGCAACAACAACCUUUCUCACCUUUUACCAUAGAAGUCUUAAAAAUUAUACACAUGAAAUGGUAUUUUUUUAAAUGUUGCCAGGAAGAUGGCGCAGGAUAUUUUUGUACAGGAGACUUUAUAUUUGUUGGAGAUUUAACAUCUGACCUGACCUCUGUAGAAGAAUGCUUGCUAGAGGCCAAACUGAUUGUUUUGCUAGCUAUCUUAAAAGGAGUAUUGUGGGCCACAAUUAAAAUGGAAAAAUAAAAUUAUAAAUAAAUUAAAUUAUUAAUAAAGUCGUAGAAUUACUGGAAUAAUUUGUAAUUCACGGCAAAAAAAUGUUAAGUUGUAUUUUUUUCUGAGAAAAAGGUACUAUAUGAAAAGACCCACAUUUUAGUGAGGAAAUAGUUGUCAUUUUUAUGGGGAAAAAAUAAGAAUUUGCAAGACUUAAUGAAUAUUCUGCAAAUCAUUUAGUAUGAGGAAAACAAAUAUUGCAAAUAUUGUGAUAAACUAGUCAUUGCGGGGAAAAAAAGAUGUAAAAUUGAGAACCUUUUGCAAAAAAAAAACUAUAAUAAUGUAAUAUUCCCAGCCAAAGUAGUAUUUCUGCACAAAUACAGAAAAAAAAACAUGCAGGAAUUUGUGAGAUCCAAAUUUUAGUAAACUAAUUGUAGUGGGAAAAUAUUUGUAAUUUUCACAAGAGAAAAAGAGAAAAUGUGCAAUACCUAACUACAUUUAUAUUGCACAAAUAAAAAAUAAUUUUCUUAGAUUAAAAAAGCUUUAAUAUUGCGAGAUGAAUUUUUAUUUUUACGUUAAUAAAGUCACAAUUUAACAACACAAAAAAUAAUUUGGGGAGAACACAAUCUUUGAUUAUACCAUAAAUUUUUAAUAGUAAAAAAACAAUGCUUCCACUUAUUUGGUGACUUUUUCUCAUAAAAAUGACAACUUUCUGUUACAGAUUUACAAUAAGUUUUGUUCUAUUGUAAUUGUACUGGUUUCCACUUUUCCCUCACAAAUAAUUUCGACUUUAUUAUUGUUGAUGUUUGUUGAAAAUCAUGUCUACAUUUUUUUUUGUCCUAAUCAAAACCAAAAUCUUCAUAUUUACUAUAAAAAGCAAAAAACUAAAAAUGGCCGCAAUUUUUAUUGCCUCACUUUUUUGUCAUUUUUUUUAACGUGGCCCAUUAUACUUGCAUAUAGUACAAUCCUAAGACCCAAUGUGUAUUUCGUGAUCACUAGCAACAUCGGACUAGUAUGUCUGUUCAUUGUAGUCCACAAGUGUACAAAUCUUUGGUGUAAAAGAAAAAAUAAUAAUAACAAUAAAUGUCCAAAUGUAUUCCCUCCUGCUGUAAAUGUGGACAACGUAUGCGUAUGUUUACAUUUGUGUGAGCACGUACGUUUCUGUUCCUCUUUCUCCAAAAUGGAUAUGGACGAGUUAAUCUGUGUGAAUUUCGUUUUUAUUGAACACAAGCACUGGCGAGGGUUCGUGCAUUGAGAGUGUGUACAUUUUAGUACAUAAACUGUAUUUGUAUUUUGUACAUAUGAAUGAAAAAAGACAUUUUUACUGAC